AUGUAUUUCACAUACUGCGCCGCCUGCGCGGCGCCGCUCGGCUUAUCCUUGGGCAAGAAAUGUGGCCGCUGCAGCACGCGCUACUGCGGCGCCGAGUGUCAGGUGCAGCACUAGAAGGAGGGUGGGCACGACCAGGUCUGCAAAUUAAUUAAAAAAGCAGGCGGCGCCGAACAAUACAACGCAAAUAACAAGUGCACGGAGGCCGUCGCGGUCGCGGUCGAGGCGUGCGCCGAGGACACAAAGGGCCAGACGUGCUACAUCUGCACGCAGGCCCUCCACUGGAAGACGAAGGAGGGCCUCGUGCGUAUGUGCGCGUGCCGCGGGACGGCGGGAUUCGUGCACGUGUCGUGUCUGGCGGAACAGGCGAAGAUUUUGAUCGCCGAGGCCGAGGAAAAUAAUUUGACGGACAAAGUGAAUGAGAGGUGGCAGCGGUGGCGCACGUGCAGCCUAUGCGAACAAGAGUACCACGGGCUCGUGGGGUGCGCACUCGGGUGGGCGUGCUGGAAGACGUACGCGGGGCGGCCGGAGGAGGACAUGGCUCGGAGAUUUGCGAUGAGCGUGCUCGGGAACGGUUUAUCCGAUGCAAAGCACCACAAGGACGCGCUGUCCGUGCGAGAGGCCGAGUUGUCUCUGUUGCGGCGCAUUGGCGCACCACAAAACGACAUUCUCCUCGUGAAGGGCAAUGUUGCGAACACGUAUCAAUUGCUCGAAAGGCGUGAAGAUGCCCUAACCUUGCGACGAGAAGUAUACUCUGAAUGCGUGAAUUUACACGGCGAGGAACACUUCGACACAAUCAGAGAAGCCAACAACUACGCUUCGUCCCUCCAUAAUCUGCGGCGCUUUGAAGAAGCCAAGGCACUGUUCCGCAAAAUGAUUCCCGUGGCGCGACGCCUUCUCGGAGAGAGUCAUCAUCUCACGCUCACGAUGAGGUGGACUUACGCGCUGACUCUCUACAGGGCCGACGGCGCCACGCUUGAUGAUCUCUGCGUGGCCGUAACGACGCUCGAGGAGACGAAACGGAUCGCGCGGCGCGUGCUCGGAGGCGCGCACCCGCUCACGAAGGCGCUUGAGCGCCAUCUGGGACUCGCGCGAGCCGCGCUCCGCGCCCGUGAGGCGCCGCCGCCGUCGAGUAGCGCACGGGACCCGAGCGCCGCCGACGACGACGCGACGCCGGCCGCGCCGGCGGCAGCCGUGGACUCGGGCCCGGACGGCUCUUCGGGCAAGGUGCCGGCCGCCGCGUGCGAUGCCGAGGCCUCUUCCUCUAAGUAAUUUGUUGGCACCUUCA